AUGUUGACAGUCGUAUUUUUGUUGCUAAUUUCGCUGAGCGAGUCGAUUAAUUUAAAGAAGCGUUCUUCCAAGUACGCCGACAAACUUGCGAACAAACUUGUGAAUUCCGAAAAGAAGCGAUUCAACGCGGAGACGUGUCGCAAUUCAACCGAGUCACAGUGUUUCUUAUGCAAAGACAAAGUCAUCGAAGAUGAAGAGUACUGCGACCACCCAACUACAGUCGAACAAAGGUGUAUGUGUCGAGCUGCAAAGCAUAUGUGGAGAACAAUGUAUGAAAACGUCGAGGAUAAACUUCAAACCGUUGCUGAAGCCUGUUCCUUCGUGUGUGAUAUCAAAAAAAUUAACGAGACAAUCGCUUCAGACAACUCUACUGCAAAGGCCGAACAAAACAUUACUGAAAUCAUUGACUACCAAAACGGAACAAUCACUAAACAAUCCCUUGCUAAGAAAAAUAGUACUCCAGCUCUUCUCACUUCCUUGGCUGCAUUGUCAAUGUUCCUUUUGUUCUUCUAA